AAAAUCAGGAACAAGGCGGCGGGCUCCCUCGGGGUCCCUGCGGGCAGGCACUCCGGCAGCCGCGGCGCGAUGGAGGCGCCGGCCGAGCUGCUGGCCGCGCUGCCCGUGCUGGCCACCGCGUUGGCGCUACUGCUCGCCUGGCUGCUGGUGCGGCGCGGGGCUACCGCGAGCCUGGAGCCUGCCCGCGCGCCCCCGGAGCCCGCGCCCCCGGCCGAGGCCAGCGGGGCGCCCGCGCCACCCGGUCCCUGCGCCGCGGAGUCCGCGGCCGCGCCCGAGGGGCCGGAGGAGCCCGCGCGGCCGGACGAGCCCGCAGUGUCGCCGGCGGAGGCAGAGGAGCAGGCCGCCGAGGCCAAACAGGAAGAGGAGCAGGGGCUGGACAGCGAGGAAGGUCCACCCCAGGCAGAGCCUGAGGAAGAAGACGGGGCAGAGGCCUUCUCCUUCAAAUACAGCCCCGGGAAGCUGCGGGGAAACCAGUACAAGAAGAUGAUGACCAAAGAGGAGCUGGAGGAGGAACAGAGAACCGAGGAAUAAUGAAGUUAUCCUUAGCCUCCUCCUAAAGGCUUUUCCUUUUGGCAUCUUAAAACUUGAGCGAUAAAGUGGAGUGCCCUGAGAGGAGCUGACAGGCUCUCUGGGGUGCCUCUUGCCCACGUGAAUCUGCCGGGCCUAGGCCCUCAGCCAGGACGCUCCCUCGGCUGGGAGGGCCUGUCCCUCCCUGUUUGGGUGGGUCGCUUUGUGAAGCUGAAGGGUCUUCCUAGACUUUUAUUUCCCUUAUGACCCAACCUUCCUGUCUGCACACCCUCUGCACCUGAGAUAUCAACAAUUUCAGCAAUGCCAUCAUUUUACAGUUGGUAGUUUCAUUCCAGCCCUCCUGCUUUUCUUCACUAAAGCCAAACCGUGAAAGACUUUGGGGUGUGAUGCACAAAUGAGGGAGCGGCCUGUGCGUGCUGGCUGGUCGGGGUGGUCCACUGCUCUCCUUCCCCUGGGGGCCCGCCCCCGCCCGGCUCAGUUUUGGGGGUGAGAGACCUGUACUGAGGACUGGGCAGCAAAGAACCAGGACCCGCUGCCCGCUGCCUCUUGGCCUUACUCUCUAUUUAGAGCAGGCUGCAGUCCAGCCCUCUUAUUACUAAGAGGCCUUUUCACUGAUGUUCUUACCAGCUCAGCUGAAUCUCUACCUUUGCUUUGGCAGAUGCAGUAAUAAUGGUGUUCGCUUAAAAUAGAUGUCUCGACUCUGCCUUUUCCUAGGCUUCUUGGAUGAGUUAGAACUUCACCAGAUGAUCAGAUCAGUUCCAGAUUGGUUUCUUGGAAUUCUGUAUUUGACAACAUUUGUACUAUGCCAAACUAAUCUGCGGUUUUUAGGUAGAUGUCAUUUAAAACUUUUUUUUAAGCAGUAAGUUUAUAGAAAAAGAUUUUCUUUCUAUUUAAUGGAAGGCCAGGAGAUGUCCAGUGUCACCCCCUCAGGCAUAUUACAUACCCAGGGACCUUCUCCUCUGGGUUAGGUUCAGGGGUUUAGGACAGACAAGCAACAGGGCAGAUGGGAGGGUACAGCUCAGUGGUAGAGUCGUGCUUAGCGUGCCCGAGGUCCUGGGUUUCAUCCUCAGUCCCUCCAUUAACAGCAAAAAAGAAUAGGCAACAAGGCAGCCGCCACCUAGAACCACGGGACGAACGGAAGCCAUGCUCCUGUGAGCACACCUGCCCCCCCACAGCAACAGCAGCAGGCCUGGAUCUGACUGAUUAAUGGGUGACUCCCUCCACAUUAUUAAGUUUUUCUGGACACUUUCUGAACGUGGCUUAUAGACACUGAGCUUCACGGAUUCCCGAUGGCUUGGAUCUGUGUAUUCAGCCUUUGUUCAGUCCAAUAAACUUUGAGUAGAUGGUCUU